ACCGAGUGACAUUUUAUAAUCGUUCGUUUAAAUAAAGGAAACUCCAUAUUUGGUACUAAUAUGGCGUUUGAAUUAAUCAUGUGAGUUUGAUCUCUCAUCUCAUCAUCGUCGCUGACGAGUUGACGAAAUGUAACCUAGAUAGAAAACUGCAAAUUCAUCGUUUAUGCGAACAACCAAUACAAGGAUAUCUGUCAAUUUUAUAUUAGCCUUCACAAAUAAUUGAAACUCUUUACAACUACAUUAAAAUAAAGAUGUGGAUGCACUUCUUUAUCCUACGAGAGUUUUUGCUACUUAAUAAUCUAGUAUAUAUAGACUUGAAAUAGGUUCAGUGUUAUAUUUCGCAAUCAACCGUGAAUACAGAAACAGGAAAUGUUCUCUACACCGGUGUUUAUUUUUGCUGUACUCUGCUUCGUCAGCGUCAAGAGUGAAAGAAAACUAUGUGACUUCAAUGACGAAAAGUGCCUGACUGAUGGUUCCAACCGAUCUUUCGAGAAGUUCAUUGCUGGUAUACCUGGCGUUCCUCCUUCAGACCCUCUUGUCGUGGGUCCCCUUGAAGGUUCGUCUCCACCCAUGAAGUACAAAGUCCACGAUGCCUCUCUUGUGGGUAUGAAGAACUGCAAAGUGGACAAAGUUGGAAUUGAUCUGCAAACUGACAAAUACAAGUACCAAGUCAAAUGCCCUCAUCUCACUAUUGACCUGAAGACUGAAGUUCAUGGUGACAUCGGUGAAGGAAAGGGCACCUGCAAAAUUACUGUUGAUAACUACCAUCUAAAAUACAGCGGUGAUUACGUUAAAACUCAGGACGCUAACGGCAAGCUUCACAUGACGCUAAAGUCCCACGACUUAGAAGAAGAUCCCAUUGGCAAGCUGAACAUUGAGUGCGGGAACGCUGAUGGCUCUGAACUUCCCAGUGACAAGUGGCAAGCAGUAGGCCAACAGAUCCUGAAGCCGACAAUCGAAAGUUUUACCAACAAAUACAUCAGUAACGUUAAUGCUUACUUAACCGCUGUUCCCGUGGAAGACAUGUUCUACCAGGAAUAAGAUUUAAUCUUUGUUGAAUAAAUAAUUGUUUCAUACA